UGCAGGUCCCCUUUGUCCAGUGUGUCGAUGUCCUAUAAAAAGAAAGGAAAGAACAUUUCCAACCAGAUCAACUGAGAAGGAAGAAGCAAUGCGAAAACAUGUUACAAAGUGCACAAGUUGUGGAAAACAGAAGAAAUACUAUUUAAUGAGAAGACAUUACAAGACAUGCUUGGAACAUCUGGAACAGUUUGGCAACAAAAUGGAUGAGGUGGGAUCAAAAAAGGACAAAGAGUCAAGAUCCAGCAGGCAGCAGCCUUUUCCACAAAUACCUGGAAAUGUCAGACUUCUUCCAGACUUUAAGGAUAUUCCUAGCAUAAAUAUAGCCGCUGGUUUAAACUUAUUUGAAGGAGACAUUAAGCGUGAUUCAACACUAAGAAAUGCAAUUAUUGGUUCGCAAUAUAGAUGGCCACUGAUAGUCCCAUACUACUUAGAAGACAGUCUUGAAAUAAAUGCGAAAGGCGUUAUCCUGAAAGCUUUUGAGCGAUACCGACUAAAAACUUGUAUUGACUUUAAACCCUGGAAUGGUGAAAAAAAUUAUGUAUCUGUGUUUAAAGAUAAUGGAUGCUAUUCAUAUAUUGGAAUGCAGGAUGGAAAACAGGAACUUUCUAUUGGCACUGGUUGUGAUACUAUAGAAAUUGUUCAACAUGAAGUCCUGCACGCACUAGGAUUGUUUCACGAGCAAUCGCGAUCUGACCGAGAUGACUAUGUGACCAUCUUGUGGGAAAAUAUUCAGUCGAAUUUGGAACAUAAUUUUUUUUCGUAUAGUGAUACAGAGACCACGUUUCUAGGCGUUCCCUAUGACUAUACAUCUGUCAUGCAUUACUCCAGUACAGCGUUCUCUGCCGCUGGCAAUCCAACAAUUCAGACAAAGAAAGCUGCGUUCAAUAAUCUUAUCGGGAAGCAAAUGGAUUUAAGUGCCAAUGAUGCCUUAAAGUUGAAUCGACUGUACAACUGUUCUUCUUCCUUAACAUUCCUGGAUUCCUGUAGCUUUGAAUCAGACGACAUAUGUGCCAUGAUUCAGAGUACAAAUGACAAUACUGACUGGGAGUAUGUUUCCAGUGUACCAGAAGGACCAAACACAGACCAUACACAUAUGGGAAAAAGCACAGGUGCAGGAUAUUUUAUGCAUUUUGACACGAGUACAGGCGAGACUGGGGAUGAAGCUAUACUGGAAAGUAGACUCUUUUACCCAGCGAGAGGAUUUCAGUGCCUGGAAUUCUUUUACUAUCAUAGCGGUAACGAGAGUGACCAACUGAACAUCUGGAUCAAGGAAUACACCAGUGAUUCCCCCGACGGCAGUCUGACAUUUGUUAACUCUGUAACUGGUCCACCCGCUGAUUACUGGCAGAUUCACCAUUCUAAACUAAGUGCGAAAAACAAAUUUAGAUUUGUAUUUAAAGGAAUAAAAGGAGACGGCGACUCCGCUGGAGGAAUUUCAAUUGAUGACAUCAAUUUGUCAGAAACAGAAUGCCCUCAAAAUGUCUGGCACAUCAGAAACUUUACACCUGACUUGAUAAAAAAUGAUCUUUUUAGUCCCGCAUUCUACUCUAAAGAUGGAUAUGCAUACCAGAUACUUGUAACAGAGGGUUCCAGGUCAAGUUUCUCAUUCAACAUUGCAACAUUUGUAUUUUUGGUAUCAGGAGCGAAUGAUGCUACUCUUCAAUGGCCAUGUCCCUGGAGACAAGUCACAGUGGAGUUCAUCGAUCAAAACCCAAAAGCUCAAGAACGGACAUCAAAUAUGAAGAGUAUUACUACUGAUCCUAAUGAAUUCCAUGGUUAUUAUGCGUGGGAUAAUCCUGCAGUGAAUGGCUUCAAACAUACAUAUCCCAAUGGGACUUCUUACAAUUUUACUGGUAGCGGAUAUGGAAAAUAUCUCUUUACGGCUGAAGAAUGGCUUCAUAAAAGGGACUUCCUGAAAGGAGGAGAUGCUUUAAUUUCGAUAUCCAUGGAAGACUCAAGCUUUGCCAGUAACCACCACAUCCUCAACAUUGAAUUCAACAUCCACCUCAUCCUCAACAUUGAAAUCAGCAUCCACCUCAUCCUCAACAUUGAAAUCGGCAUCCACCUCAUCCUCAACAUUGAAAUCGGCAUCCACCUCAUCCUCAACAUUGAAAUCAGCGUCCACAGAAACAGACAGACUCAUCUUGCCAUGAACAAGAUGUCACACCUACUGGAAUCUCCAUAA